GGUCACAACAAGACAGUUCAAUACACAAUCAAAGAAUAUUAUCGAGUGAUUAUAUCUUCCUAAUUCAUAUUCCGUUCUUGGUCCGCCAUCUGAUCGGGUUAAUCCCAUCAUUGGUGCUUUCAUUGAGAGAUAUACUGUGAGAUAAGGCUGCGAGAUUAUGGUCGGACGAAGGACGAGACGUAACCCUGCUACUUCUGCCCAGUCGACGGUGAGGAGUGACAAUCCAGAACAGGGUAUGAUAGUUCCAGUCAAUGGGUUGGAAACGACACUAAAUAAUGUGGCUAACAUGAUGGCCAACAUUAUGGAACGAUUGGAUAAGGCUCUUCCAGGUCCAUCCGGUACCCGGGACAUCCCUACCGGGCAACCUCGCCAGGUCCUGCGUACUGCGAGUUCUCCUAUCCUCCAGGAGCUCCAUGAUCCGGAGGAGGUUGAAAGGGAAAGGCGAGCCAUUGACAGACGCCGGGCGGAGGAAUUGGCCCGGAUUAGCAAGAAAGCUCACGUUAGUGAGAGACUGGGGAAGAAUCCGGAAAAGGCACCCCAGGGUUGGAUACGACCCCAGGCCAGCCAGGUGGCAUCUUCCAAUCGCGAGCCCCGGCAGCGAAACGGCCGAGGCGCGAGCCAAGUGCUGGUCCGGUCAUUAAGGAAUCUGGAGGAUGACGAGGCCCAGAGCCAAGCCAGGAUCCCAGCAUCACGGCGUCUGGGACCGCCGUUGCCGGAAACUGGUGAAUUCCAGGAUCUGAGGCAGCAGAUCCAGGAGAUGCAGAGGAAGAUAAACAAGGGUCGAGUAUUCACCACCCAAGCAUGGAGAAUCUUGAAGAAUUUCCUUAUCCGAUGGAGGAAAGAGUCCAGGGAGGGUGAAGAAACCGAUGAUAAGUCCAGGUUGGCUAUGUUCACGGCGGCAUUGCAGGAUGGACUCCUUCGCACCGAUCUCACUACUCAUCCCCCGGAUACCUUCGAGGAAGCAAUGGUCCGGGCGGGAAGGUAUGUGACCCUGGAAGAAAGAAAGGAGGAGAAGAAAGAGAAAACACGUAAAGAAGAAGAGAAGUUGGGGAGUAAGAAGUCGUUCAAGAACAAGAAGCAAGGCUUCCCGGACGGCCCAAAGGGCGCAAAUCCUGGGACUUUGGAGAAGCAUAAAUCUGCCAACCCGGUCUUCACAUUGCCAGUGGCUGAGGUCAUGGCCCAUGCUGCACAGCAGGGACUCAUGACUUACCCAACCUAUUCUCAGAAGGUCUGCAAUGUGGAAGACACUGGAAAAUGGUGUGCCUACCAUCGCAAGAAUGACCACAACACGGAAGAUUGCUAUACUCUGAAGAAUGAGAUGGCAAGGCUAAUCCGCCGGGGUCAUCUAAAUAAAUUCGUACAAGAUGGCGAUGCAGGAAAUCCCGGGAAUGCUCAGAAUGGAAAGCGCAGAGAUAAAGAAGUGGCCCAAGCUGAGGCCCGGGAGAAACGCCAUAUCGGGCUUGAAGACGAAGAGGAGGAUUUGGAACCCGCACCGCAUCGCCAGAAGAGACACCACGGGUGUAACUUCAUCAUUGGAGGGAAUACUGGCGGGGAUUCAGCCACGAGCCGGAAGAAAUGGGCUAACGCGGCGAUGGUCAACAAGGUGCUGGUCCCGGAAGAGGGGGUAAUAACCCUCCCGGUUGAGAUAGGGGAUACUAAGGCAACUCGGAAGCUGAACAUGGAGUUUGUCGUGGUGGGGAUAAUCUCCAGCACGGACAUUAUCUUGGGCAGACCCGGAUUGGAAGAUUUGGAGUGUGUUAUCUCACCUCGUCACCUGUGCAUAAAAUUCCCAACCCCCCAUGGAGUUGGAAUUGCCAGGGGAUCUCAGAGAGUAUCCCGGGCAUGGUAUUUGAAGGCAACCAAACAGCCGGUCAAGUACGAUACCCAAGUAGGAGAAGUGACUGCGCAACUCCUGAGGGCUGAGGAAAAACGUCCCAGAGUAGAAGUGGCUGGCGACAUUGAAGAAGUGGAAUUGGAGCCAGGCACGCCGGGAAGGUUGGUCAGGAUCGGCAAGGACCUGGGGGCUGAACUCAGAUCACGAGUGAUUUCAGUCCUUAGAAGGUUCAGAAGGGUCUUUGCGUGGAGUCCAGCUGAUAUGCCAGGGCUGGAUCACAAGAUAGCAGUUCAUCGCCUGAAUGUGCUGCCGGAUGCUAAACCAGUGAAGCAGAAACGAAGGCAUUUAUCACAAGAAAGAAGAGGUUUUGUAAAGAAGGAAGUAGCAACCUUGCAGAGCAUUGGGCACAUCCGGGAGCUGGCGGAGAAGGCGCACCCAUUUUUCGCGGUGAUCAAGAAGAAGGCGACCUUCGAAUGGACACAAGAAUGUCUAGAAGCAUUUGAAGAAUUAAAGAGAUAUCUCACAAGUCCGCCGGUUUUAUCCAAGCCGGAACCUGGGGAUAUUCUGACUCUAUAUUUGGCGAUUGCGGACUGUGCCAUAACUACUGUGAUCGUGAGAGAAGAGCGUGGGGCCCAACAUCCGGUCUACUACGUCAGCAAGACCCUGAGAGAUGCGGAGUUAAGGUAUUCUCGACCGGAGAAAGCCAUGUUGGCGGUCUUCUGGACAGCAAAGAGAUUAACCCCGUACUUUCAGGCUCACCGGAUUAUUGUGCUCACCAAUGAGCCUUUGGCGUCACUUACCCGAAGCCCGACGGCAUCUGCCCGGAUGACCAAGUGGGCGGUCUUUAUCGGUCAGUACAACGUGGAAUUCAGGCCGCGCCCAUCCAUCAAGGGGCAAGCACUCGCCGACUUUCAAGUCGAGUGCACCGCUAGAGAAAUGACAAGAGCCCAGUUCCGCGUGUCCAAUAAUGAAGCCGAAUAUGAGGCCCUGAUCAAUGGAUUGAAGAUUCUUAGUAAGAUGGGAGUAUCCAGGGUUCAGGUCUACAGCGACUCCCGACUAGUGGUGGGACAAAUCACAGGGGAAUUUGAAGCAAAGGAAGAAAGGAUGAAGAGGUAUCGGGACUUGUCUUUAGAGAUGUUGGGGAGGUUUGAGUUUAAGCUUGAACAUAUACCCCGGGCCCAGAACGCAGAGGCCGAUGUUCUAUCCAAGCUCAGUGCGGAAUCGCCGGAAUACAUAAGCAAAUUGGCAACCAUCGAAGAGCUGGUAACCCCGAGUCUUAGCAACAGUGAAGUGAUCUGGGUAUCAGCUGAUCCCCCGGAAUGGCUGGACCGAUUGGCCAAAUACAUUGAGGACGGUGAGGCCCCAAAGGAUCCCCAAAAAGCACGUCUAUUGCGAAUGAGGGCACCUACCUACAAGGUACAGGAUGGAAUCCUCUAUAAGCGAUCCCACAACGGUGUCUUACUUCGUUGCCUCAGGGCAGCAGAGGCAAAGGCACUGAUGGAAGAAAUACACGAAGGAGUAUGUGCUGCACAUCAGGGUCCUUAUUCCAUUUCUAGAAGGGCUAUCAUCCAGGGAUACUUCUGGCCAACAAUGAGGAAGGAUUGCGAAGAGUAUGUACGCAAGUGCCCGACCUGCCAACAAUUCCAGAAUAUACCCGGGAGGCCAGCCACGAAUUACACGCCCAUCAGCUCCGUGAUUCCCUUUUCAAGAUGGGGGAUCGAUCUUGUGGGAGCCCUGCCAAAAGGGGCAGGGCAAGCAAGGUGGAUUGUGGUUGCGAUAGACUAUUUCACAAAGUGGGUGGAAGCUGAGCCACUUGCAGGGAUCACCGGAAGGCAGAUGAUUGACUUCGUCGGAACCAAUAUACUCUGCAGGUUCGUGGUCCCGAAGCAGAUCAUAUCAGACAAUGGAACCCAGUUUGAGGAAGCCGAGUUUCAAGACUUUCUCAAAACUUGGGGAAUUCAGCACACGAAGGUGUCUGUUGCGUAUCCUCAAGCUAAUGGACAAGUGGAGAAUGUUAACAGAACAAUCAUAGACGGAAUAAAGAAGAAGCUACUUUCAGAAGGAACCAAAUGGGUAGAUGAACUACCCAGAAUCUUGUGGACAUACAGGACGACUCCAAUGAGAGCCACGGGUGACACUCCUUUUGGCUUGGCUUAUGGUUUUGAAGCCCGGGCUCCCGCUGAAGUAGUAAUCCCCACCAGGAGAGAAAUGGGAUAUGACCCGGAGGUGAACGAACAGAAUCAGGCCGUAGAGCUGAAUUUCGUGGAAGAACGAAGGGAUGAAGCACGUAUCCGGGCAGAGAAUUAUCGUCGCCAGGUGAAAUCUUACUUUGAUAACAAGGUGGUUGUCCAUAUGACUGCUGAGGGGAAGGGGAACCUUGAGAAGAAGGCCUCGCACCAGAGACCAGCCGGGAAGCUCCUGAGUGGGGAUUGCGUCUCUUCUGCGGACGAGAAGUGCCAGGACAGCGAGAAGAAACUUCCGCCCUGGCACUGUUAGGAAGCACGCCGGGACCCGGAAGAACACUCCCCGAGGCCUGUGGGGGGUGAUGAGGGUUAUUCUCUUCUCUGGGCAAGGGAGAGGUUACCGAUUGUUCAGAGGCAAGAGAAGGCCCAGAAGAGAGCUCAGGUGUUGGGGACCCAAGUGAAGGGAAUGCCAACGAAGAAGAAUCAGAAGAAGAAUCGGAAAUAGUAAGAUCAAUAAAGACAACUCUAUUGG